CCCUUCUUCGCCGUGUAUCUGUCUAUUUAAUUUUCUGCCUUCACGCUCUCUCUUUCGUAAUCCUUCGCACUCCCGGCUCAUUUUAGUAACAACCACCGUCUCUCUAUCUCAACCGCCCAAAACGCACCGCAUCAUGGCAGCCUCUUCAAACCCCCUCGACUUAGACGUCACCGUAGUAUCCGCGAAACACCUAAAGAACGUCAACUGGCGAAACGGCGAUCUCAAACCCUACGUCGUUUUGUACCUCGACUCGGACCACCGAGUCGCUACCCACUCGGACGAUUCAGGCUCCACCCGUCCCGUCUGGAACCAGCGUCUCACCCUCCCCGUUACUCGCCCGAUCCGCGACUCGGUCCUUACCCUCGAGAUCUUUCACUCUAGGCCCUCCGAAACUCUCAAGCCUCUCGUCGGCUCUGCUCAAAUCUCGCUUGCUCACCUUGUUGACUCGGACGAGUCACCCAUCUUGCUCCCCGCGCUCGAGCUGAUCCGUCCCUCGGGUCGACCGCAGGGUAAAAUCCGUGUAAAGCUCGUGCUCAGGGAGCGGCCAUCUCCCCCUCCACCACCACCGCCAUCAUCGUCACCUCAAUAUCAUGAUGACUAUAAUGCCCCUCAAAGUAGCUAUUAUUACUCCUCUGCCCCUCCUCCCCCUCCUGUGGCAGCUUCUCCAGUACGCCCUUACCGGGAAUACGCGCCCUCCCCGUACGCCUACUCUGAUCAGUACUACUCGAGCUACUAUUACGCUCCGCCACGGCCAUUCUACCCUAGACCGCCCAAUUACGGCCUGCCAGGUGGCCCCUCCGCUCCUGUUGAUUUAUCUUCAUCGGAUGAUCACAAGCCGCCGCCUCCUCGAGCCUCCAAUUAUGGCAUGCCAAGUGGGCCGUCGGCACCCGUUGAUUAUUCACCGUACGAUCAGAGGCAGUUGCAGAAGGGGAUGGGAGGAUUGAGUUUGGAAGACGAGAAAGCUACAGAUAAGGCUGAAAGCGAGACCGUAACAAAGGAGAGUUACACUUAUGGCGGUGAUUAUCGCCGUAAUUAUUGAGGAAAAGGGAUGCGUUUACUCGAGCAAGCUUGAAUGCAAUUGGUGAGAAACUUGUUGCUGACGAUCCAAA